AUGAGUUCACAGACACUCCGCUCGCUAUACCGAGCGAAGCCAGAGCUGGGGAAUGCCGGAUAUGCCCUUAGAGGCUACCUCCGCCAGUUCUCCACCACGCAAUCGCAGCUUGACGAGGCACCCAGCGAUCCCAAAGCCAACCCUUCGGCUCGACAGCGAACCCGCGCAGCGGCCAGCGAGAUCAAUGCCCUGCAGAAGAACCGAACAGGCAGCCAGGGAGCCCAAACUCCUGCAGGCUCUUCAGCAACGCCGGCACAGCCCCGAGUAAUUGAUGUGCGGAGUCUGCCCAGAGGAGGAAUGCUUCGAGGGCGGGGUGGACUGCGAGGACGAGGCGGCGGGCAGAACGCAGCAGCGAGCCCUCGGGCUGCUUCACCGAGCGGAAACAGAUUUGCGGGUUCAAAUAGAGGGAGGACAUCUGCGCUCAGCGCCGGACGGGGAGGACGAGGUGGUGCCACGCGAGGAAGAGGAGGCAGGGCUGGCGGCGGCAGAGCGGCGAAGGCCAAGGAAGGUGGCGAAAGCGGCAACAAGGCUGCUGCUGCUGGGCCGCGAGGAAAGAGACAAGAUCCCUUUGAGAGGAUGGAUCCCCAGGAGCAGCAAUUUGACGAUGCGAUGCGAUUCGGAACGAAGACGACCUAUGCGCCUUCUUUGACGAAGGAGACCCUGGCGGCGUUUGUUCCCGCGAUGCCCUCGACGCAGGAGGGUCGCUUGGCGACUGUUAUGGAGAACUUGAAUAUCCUUGGCGGCAGAGCUGACCCCGUGGGCGUGCCGCAGCACUUGCAGGCGAAGAGCUACGCCGACGAGGUGGAGGCCAAUGGGGCGCGCUUCUUUGCGGACUUGAAGGCGAGGGAGGCGGCGGAGGAGUAUCUCCAGGAGAAGAGGAAGCAGGAGCAGCAGACGCCAGCUGCUGGGGAGGAGGGUAAAGAAGAGAAGGCGGCGCCUGCGGAGCAAAAGCAGCAGCAGCCUAUCAUCCAGGACGUUGAGGAGGCCGUCAAGAAGACGAUUCUGGAGUCGGUUGUGGAGGGCAAGCACGAGAAGCCCAAGUUCGCGACGGACCCGGUGGGCAUUUCGAGAUCGUGGCAUCUGAGGGCGGGUACGUAUACGCAGAAGGACGUGGAGAGCUUUGAGAAGAAGUUGACGUCUUUGCUGGGUGCUGCGGGAGGUGCUGGUGGUGCCGCGGGCGGGAAGAAGGCGAAGGCUUGA